UAAUGAUUACGCAAACAAUUGUUAUUCUACUUUGUGUUUUUUGCUGCGUAUUAACAGUUAUUCAUUUCUAAAUUUCUCUUUCGCGGAAGACGUUUUAUUAUAUGACUAAAUCAGCAAUUGUCGAUAUGGCUUGCGGAAAUUCCGAAAUGAAAAUGUAUGGAGUACUCUUCUUCCUAUGCAUACAACUCGCUUAUUCUCAAAGAUCACCUAUGAUAUCACAUAUUACACAAAAACUUGUAAAAGAAGUUGGUGAUACGGCAGAAAUGGCAUGUACAACAUUAUAUGCCCAGGAUUUCAACGUUUUGUGGGUUAAGGUUGACAAUGAAAAACUAACUGAACCUAUCAUAUUCUCAUCUGGAGGUUCACUUAUUGUCAGUGAUCCAAGAUUAUCAUUGAGACGAGAGAUGGACAACAAUCGAUACAUAUUACGGAUUAAUGAUAUUCAAGAAACUGAUGCGAGUCUCUAUCGCUGUGAUGUGGUGCUUGAAAUUAAUAAAAAAAUAUCAGCUUCUGUUGAGUUAGUGAUACGUAGACGUCCAUUUAUUUCUGACAACUCGACCAGAUCAUUAGUUGUAAAAGAAGGUCAACUAGUGGAACUUGAAUGUUAUGCUGGUGGAUUUCCUAGUCCAAGAAUUUCUUGGAGGCGAGCAAACAAUGCAAUUUUACCUAUUGGUGGAUCAAUGUACAGAGGUAACAUUUUGAAGAUUCCUGCUAUAACAAAAGGAGAUCGUGGAACCUAUUAUUGUGUAGCUGAAAAUGGUGUUGGAAAAGGUGCCAGACGUAAUAUUGCCAUUGAAGUAGAAUUUGCUCCAGUAAUUACAGUUCCUGAAACUAGUUUGGGACAAGCUUUACGUUAUGACAUAGAUAUUGUGUGUCAUGUUGAGGCGUAUCCUCCACCAGCUAUCAUUUGGUUAAAUAAUGGAGUAGAACUAUCCAAUAAUCAACAUUACAGUAUAUCACAUUUUGCAACCACAGAUCAAUUAACAGACACUACAUUACAAAUUAUCACAGUUGAAAACCGUCAAUAUGGUGAUUAUAUUUGCAAAGCAUCAAAUAUAUUAGGAACUGCUGAAGUAACAGUUACUCUUUAUGAAACACUAAUACCAGAAUUGCCCCCUGCCCUUGAAUAAAUAUCACCAUGCUCAAUCACUCAAGCUAGCUGCUGAUAUUUGUGUUUUGUUCUAGAUACAGCUUACCUUUAUUUUAUUCACCUAAUUUUUUUAAUUAUUUUACCG